GCGCUAAUAACGCCCGACUAUAAUUAAUAAGCCAUAAGAUGACAGUUCGAAUUCGAAUUCCGAAUGUUCGAAUUUAGGAGCGGAACGGUCGGGAGCGCGCGCGCGACAGAGACCGGUAUAUAUCUUCGCGCGUCUGCUAUUUCGGUGACGUCGGCCGGUGCAUAGAGAAAUAAUAAUGAAAAGUGGCAUUCACUAUUCAGUAAUUUCGUUGUGUUUACGCGUCGUGCUGGCUUGUUUUGUGGACGGCGGUUUCUUUUUUUUUUUUGUUCGUUUUUUUUUUUUUGUUUUUCGAAUCGGCGUGACAUCUCAGCGGAACUAGUGGCGCCCUCUGGACGGAUCGUGUGCUCAACGCGACUGUGUGUAGUAGUACGCACGGUCGUAAAUAUUGUAAUUCACGGACCUGUCACAACAAUGGCAGGAACCUCGUGGACGUAUUAACGUACAAUGUAUUUAUGAUGUGUGAUGUGACGCGUUUUUGGCGCGGCGGAACCGCGGCCGGCUCGUAGCGCAGAAAAUUGAGCUAGCGGUGGUGAUACUUUUUUUUUUUUUUUGUAAUUCCAAACUUUACCUACGGCGAUCUUCAGUUGCGCGCGAGCUGUCCCCGCACGCGCCUCGCGUCCCCCUAACGAAACGAAAACCGCCGAAAAACCACCGAAUGUGUCCCGGUUCGGCCUCGAGUCCCGCCGAAACGCGACCAGCCGAACUCUGUGCGAACCACUUCGAAGCGUUCCAUUUUCGAAUCCGUUCAUACAACGCAGCGCGCGUUCGAUGACCUCAUAAAGUGAAACUAAUUAAUUUUCGCUCCUCUUUCACUUUGCUCAAUAUUGUGAUUUAGACUUUAGUGCCUUGCCCGUACAAAAAAAAAGAACUCGAAGAAUAUUGUGAUGAUACAGUGCAAACUAAGUUAAUUAAAAUAGUUAGUUUAAUCAGAGUGUAUUUUGCGAACUAUAUGUUCUUAUUAAGAAACGUUUGAAUCCGGAAUGGAGCACGUCGUGAAUGGACAAAUACUGCGCUUUGUCUAGGGUGUUCGAUGUGCCAUGGCGGAGUGCUCAUUCGCGCGGUGCCAGCAGGAACGUAGAGCCAUACGCAAGGAGCUACAGCGCUGGACCAAGAACAUGGUCUACAUACUGGGUCUAGAACGGGUGGCGGAAGAGUUGAUGGGUAGAAGAAAAUGGAAACUAUAUCAGGACGCGUUAAUACCAAAGCGAAACGAACAGGACGAUUCAGACGAUUCGAUGCCAUCCACCGACCCGCCCCCGGCGCUCAAGAUCAAAACCAUCGAGGAAAUCAACGCGCCAGAAGACGAGAGGCCCAGGGUCGAGAGCGAUGGAAACGGCCAAGAGUCGAAGACGUCACGGCCGGAGACGAUCCUGGAGAGUCUGAUCAAGAGACCAGCGACGCAACCGAAAGUGGAAGUCCUAGAGGAACCAGCGGAUUGGAAGCCGCCAGACAAGUGCUACUUCUGCGUAGAUGGUGAGCCCAGGGCUACAGCUGAAGCUGCUCAACCCGUCGGCGCUACCAGUCCCGCGUCAGAGUCCGAUAGCAGUUCUGUGUCCGGCACGAACAGUCCAGCUGCGGCUCCUCCACUGCUGCAGCAUCUCCUGCAGCUCCAAGCGCAGAACCCACAGACUAUAGCACAGUUCCAGCAGAUGAUAGCGGCGUUGACGGCGCUGGGCACGGGGCUGGUGCCUCCACCGCUCACGCAGGCCUGGAUGAUGCAGAGGUUCGCGCAGCAGCGACACCAGGCCGACAGGUUGUCUGAAAGCGAUAAAGCGGCGGCCCCUUCGUCUCCAAGUCCUGUAGAACAGCCGCUGGACCUGAGCGCCAAGUCUACGUCCAGCACCAGCGGUACGCCUCCGCCUGACCCCAAAUUCUUGGAUAGCAGAUUAAGACGAACAGCUUUAGAUGGAGCAUCGAAUAGCACGGGGCGGCGCACUUAUACGGAAGACGAGCUGCAGUCAGCCCUGCGCGACAUCCAGUCGGGGCGGCUCGGCACGCGACGGGCUGCCGUGCUUUACGGCAUCCCGCGCUCCACCCUACGGAACAAGGUCAACAAGUUCGGCCUCGUCGCGGAUAACCACGACUCCGACCCCGACAGCGACCAGGACCGCGCCGAGUCUCCGUCUUCUGUCAUACUCAAGAUACCGACCUUCCCUCCCCCCGAUGACAAGAGCCCGUCACCAGCGACGCCAGUCACUACGCCGAUCACCCCCCUCACGCCGCUCAUCUCCCAGCCGCCGCCGUCUCUGAACCCGCCUUCGAAUCUCCUCUUGUCACCGUCCGUGUUCGCCGACCCGCCAGCUGGAUCCCAACACAUUUUUACGUCGUUGAAUGACGUUAUAGCGAAAAGCAUAAGUCAGAAAUUCCAGCAGCCGCUCGACAGGACACACCAAGCGGACCUUUCCUUCAUGAGAGCGCCGGACGCUCGACACGUGUCGGUCAUCAAGAGCCAAUCUGACAACCAAAGGAACUACGCGAUGCCGAGCAAUUCCAAGGUGCCUACGAACAAUAACGGCCAAGCGGCCGCUGGAGGCAAAGGCACUAGACCCAAGAGAGGUAAAUAUAGGAACUACGAUCGAGACAGCCUCGUUGAGGCGGUGAAAGCAGUCCAGCGAGGAGAGAUGUCCGUGCACCGCGCCGGCUCUUAUUACGGUGUCCCACACUCAACGCUCGAAUACAAAGUCAAGGAAAGACAUUUAAUGCGGCCUAGGAAGCGCGAACCAAAACCUCCUCCGCAAGAUACGAAGCCGCAGCCUCCUAAGCCGCUCCCACCGAAGCCACCGGGCAAGCCAUUCUCAAACGGACUCAACGGGCCUGAGACUCCAACGUACCCGGCGGGCUACCCGUUCUGGGCUAGUCCCGGCUUCGCUCCUCCACCGACGCCAGAUCUGUACGCGUCGCACAUGAUGCGGCGGUUGCGUGAGGAAGCACCUCCGCCAGCAAACGGAUCGUUCCUGGAGGGGAUCAUCCGGUCAAGCCUGGAGCGGCCCGGAGCGGCGCUGAUGCAGCGGCUGGCGAGCGAGUCCCCGAGCCUGGUGCGGCGGCUCGCGGCCGACGUGGAGGAGCCGACGGCGCGACGGCCGCGGCUCGACAGCUCGGACCACCAGCUCGCGGCUGAGAUGCGCGAGGCGGUGCAGCGGCUGCGCGCCGACAAGCUCCGUCCGCGGAACGGCACCCCCGCGCCCAGCCCGCCCCCCGCGCCGCCUGACCGCGCCUAGUGCCCUCACACACACUACAUUCCGCUCUCGGCCCCCGCCGAUUCCUUUACUGCCUUUCGUGAUCACUUCCCGCUUCCGUGCCGACCCGGUCUCUCGUAGACGAUUCUGUAUCCCCGUAUUACCAAAUAUCACAAUAGUUACCUUAAGUUCUGACCGGUUCGAUAAAUCACAGCUUUACCGAUGCGAUAUCACAAUAGUAUUUAGUGUGCCGUGGUCGUCCCGUGCGUCGCGACCUGCCGCCCCCCCCGGGACGGUCCGGUGGCAACAUGGAGGACGAUGUGGACGGACAGGAGGGAGUGGCUACAAUCGGACCCAACUUUACAAUUACAAUAAUAAAACUAAAAUAGUACAAUUUAAAAGAAUAAGACAAACAUAUUUCAAAUUAUUGAAGGGUACUCGUACGAGAUUCGAAACGAGCACUAGUAUACGUCACGUCCGGCGCUAGGGUUGACAGAGCCCAAACGAAACCGGAAUCUCACGAUUUUCGACAUUGUUUUAAAUGAAAAGACAACCAAAAGUUAACGUUAUGAAAAUUUAAAACUAUUUAAAUAUUGUGUAAGUUAAAGAAAAGUAAGAAAAAAAAACAUUGUAACAAAUUUAAUUAAUUAUAAAGCUAGCUAUGAAUGUAAAUGUUAUCGAUUUUUAAGUGAACUAUUGCAGAUUUUUGUGCGGUGUUUUUUAUAAUUAGAUAGGUAAUCUAUUGAAUGGAAUGAUUGGCGCUGAUGGCGGGCGGAGCGGGCGCGGGGGGCGCCGCCCUCGUGCUGGGACGCGCGAGGACUUAUGUGCAAUUAUUAUUUUGUAUAAAAAUAAUAGUAAUUUUUAAACUGUGUCUAAGCUAACACGUGGAUUUCCAUUAUACUGAAUGUGAUAUUUAGGUAUUACGAGUGCGGCUUGUUCGAGCGACCAGACGCGGGGAGCCCGGCCCGCGCUUUAUACACGGACGUACAUUAGAUACAUCUAGUGAACAUACACAUAUAUAUAUAUUUUAUGUAACAUUAUUGUAUCUUAAGAUAUAAAGAAUAUAUUCUUAUUUUUCAUGGUCCAAGUUUUAAAAUGUUUUAUCGACUAUACAAUAAAUUAAAAAGAAGAAAAAAAAAUCAAGAAAAAUAUGUGAAUAACCAUUAUUAUAUUCUCGUCGACUUUAAAAUAUACAUAUGUCGUGUUAAAGAACUACCCUCAGGAGAUUUUCAAAUUUAGCGAAAUAAAAAUUCUCGGUGUUCAAAAACUAUAUAUUUAUUAUUAUUAAAAUUAAAAUUAAACUUACGAUAUGAAAAUAAAUGUAUACGCUCGCCCAAAUUAAAUUUAGGUAAAUAUUCAAAAUUAAUCUAAUACGAUUUGUAUUGUGUAAGUUAAUGUGUACGUGUGCGCCUCAUGGAAAUUAAGAUGUCUUUGUAUUAUCUAAACCAUAUACAUAAUUAUAUUAUAUGUAUACAAAAUGUUUUAUGUAAUGAAAAUUCGUACGUUUUUCCUCCACGCGAGCUGUAUUUAAAAAAAGAAAGUUUGGACUCGACACUUCGACAUAACAAUAAUAAAAAAAACGGGAAACAGUUUAGAGGAAUAUCCACGCUAAUACAUACAUAUCGAUUGUGCCGAGAUGUCGAAUGCAAUCUCAAAUUUGACAAAAACAAAAAAAUAUAUAGAAAUUUUUAUAUUCAAAAUUUUAAACUAGUCGAUAGAAUACUUUUUUCACUUUAUGAUUUCUUACUUCGUAUAAUUUUUCGAUGUAUUUUUAGGCGUAUUUUUUAAUCUAUCUAAAAUGUUAAAAUCAUGCAUUUAUCUUCGAGGAAAUCUAAAGUUUUAUACGCGGCAACACCGCACGUUCGUAUCGUUUAAAUAUCAAAUCGAACAUUUUACUUUUUUUCUUUGUUUAUUUGUAAACUGGAUUCUAUGUGUUACGCCUGACAUUGUUGCUAGCUUAAAUAAAUAAAUAAAAAAGGUUAUUUUAUGUAAGUUUGUACAGAAUUAAUAGGAUGGGACAAUUUGCAAAGAGUAUUUAGAUAAUAACAAACAUUCCGAUUAGAAUGUUAUUAGAAUUUUUUUAUUAUUAUAUUAUUAUUAUUAUAUUAUAAAUAAUAUACAUUAUUUUUACAUCGGGAACAAAUCAUUACGUUGUUUAAUCUUAUUUUUAACGUUAGUUAUUUUGUAAGGCGCUUUAUUUUUAACCCUUUAAUAAUUUAAUUAUGUAGUUAAAAGCGAAAGAUGAAAUGUUAUGGCAGUGAUUGUUUUCGAAGCGUCCCGGGCUCCGAGAUCCCGGGGCUGAAUAGAUUCGCGACUGAUAUUUGUAUUAGAGGAACAAACCGUUAUAGUGGCAACACUCUCACGGUCUGUACAAAUUGUAUACGCCGGUCGACACCGCGAGAGACAAAGAUGUUAUUAACGGCGAUUUGUUUUCUUUUUUUUUUUUGUUAUUACAGAUUAAGUUUUCGAAAUACGCAAAUUAUCAAACCUUCCUGCUCGAAUACCUCAUUUCGAUUAGUAGCAUAUGUUUUUUUUUUUUUACAAUCGGUGUUUAAAUUGGCUGUCUGUGCGUAUUUCGGGAGCCCUUAAUCUGUCCUCUCAAAACUGUCGCUGUGUAGUGAAUCAUUUUACUGUACAUUGUUCGAUAAGUUCUUUUUUCAACAUAGUUUAGGUAUUUUUAAUUAAAAAAAAAAUACAUACAGUAUGUAGUGUAAUUUUUCAAUUAAUUAGGUAGUCGGUAGUGAUUCUUUAAUAUUUUGUUAAUUUUUUUUUUCCGUACACGUAUUUCUUCUUAAGGUUUUAGUAUUUAGUCUUGAACGGUCCUCGACUGAUCCAGGAACAAAAGACAGUGAAAGGAAGUUGCAUUUUACAAUCAAGUGAAAAAAAACAAAAUAAAAAGUUUUCGUGUAACGAAACGCAAACGCUAGAAAAGGGUUUAAGCCUAUUUAAUCAACAAAACGCGUGACUUCUCUUUUUAAAAAUAAAAAAAAAAUACCGAGAGAAAAGAAAAUGAAAAAUUCAAAUUCGAACCGCUCGAAUUCGAACAUUUCAUAAAUGGAACACAGCCAAACGAAAGAAACGAGGAUUUCGCGCCGAAACUCGUAAAAGACAUUGCCAGAUAUUAAUUAUAAGCUUCUUUUUUUUUUAAACGAAUGUCGUUCGAUGCUUGCACGUUCCCGUGUAGCCGUUUUCGGACUAAAAGACGAGCGGCAGCGCCGUGUGCGUGUAUUCGCGGGAUUUAUAUUCCAGUUUUAGUAUUCCAUGGAUGCGUCGUGACCGCCCGUGUCCAAGUUCGACUGACGGUAGACGCAAUGUAUAACUAAGAAUCACGUCUUUUUAGCUAUCAUUAAUUACUUUCCUUUGUUCCCUUUUCUUAUGUAGAAGUUUUUUUUUUUUUAAAUUUAUCGAUAAAGCAAACGAAGUUUUGCUCUGCGCUUGUCCGUUCCGUGUUUUAAAAGGCGCAGCGGCCCGGAAGUUUAAGGGGAGCCGAUUCGUAAAAUGUAUGUACAACUGGAAGCAUUUAAUUUUUAGGAAAUAUUGAAAGUGAAAUUUGUUAUUUUUAUCGAUGUUGUAAAUUCGUCUAAAAACGUCGUAUAUUUAUUUACAAGCUGACGCUUUUAAGGAAGUUAACAUCACAUUGCUGGGGGACGUUUCCGUUAAGAGAUAUUGUCUAUGAUAAUCGAUAAUUUUUUCUUAAUUCAGGGAGAGGACCAAUGUAUAUUCAUAGAGACGUUAUCGUAUGCUCACAUUUUAUUAUUAUUAUUAUUAUUUGAAUAAUAUAUAAACAGCAGAAUAGUUGAGAUCAAACUAUAAAUAUUGUUAUUUAAUUAUUGAGUACAAGUUUUUUUGAAUGAUUUUUUUUUAAUAUUCUUCCCUCUACUCGCCUGAUAUCUUUUGUUAUUUUGUUCCUUUAGUUUUAUAUCUUUAUUGUUUAAAUGUCAUUAAGCCCAAUAAUGGCUAGUUAAUGAUUUAUUACAAAUUUAUAUAGGUAAUAUUAUGAUAAUGUAAAUCUACUAUUCCCGCAAUCUAAGCGUUUAUAUUCACGCUGAGACCGUGAAAUGCGAUUGGCAAAUACAAUUGGCACAACUUUAUUGUAUUCAAUAUCUAGUCAAAAUAUUAGAAUUGAAAAAAAAUUAAUCUAAAAAGUUACAAUUCGACUGAAUUUUUUGAUAGCAAAAACAAAACUAAAAACUUAAAAAAAUGACGUCCAAAAAUGCGAAGUCGCCUGGCGACAUAAGUUGGUGAUGAUUAAAUGAAAAAAAAAAACGAUUUGAAUUUGGAAUUGUAGACUAUACCUGUUUGUAAUGUAUACUCUGUGGACUCGGAUGCGGCAAAGGGAUGCCGGAACAUGUUUCUCUUCAAUCGUACUGUGUCCUCUAUGUAUAGGUGUUUAUAUCUUACGUUAUAUGGCAGGUGUGUGAGAAUGCGACUAUUAAAAAAAACCUGUAUACAAUAAAUUUCUUUCAUUUGUUGAA